AUUCUUUACUCGACUGCGCAUUGUCACGUGAUCAGUCUCGUGACAGCAGGAGGAAGAAGGAAUGACAACAGCGCGAGGAUGCCGCAGCAGCUCUGACACUUUUCAGCACCUCGUCUUUUAUUUACACAAAGCUGCGGACAACGAUGACUUCGGUGAUAAAAGAAACACAGAGCAUAAAAGAAGCAGUGACUUUCAUCAACGCGAUCGAUGUGAACAAGUUCUCCAGGCUGAUCUCCCGCAUCAUACAAAAGCUUCAUCUAAAGGGAGAGCGGACAUUCAGUGAAGAAGAGGAGCAAAAACUCCAGGCUGCUCUCUCAUUGGAUAAACAGGCUCUUAAUCUAGUCCUGGAAACUUCUGCUUUUAUACUAGAGCAGGCAGUGUAUCAUAAUGUAAAGCCAGCCUCUCUGCAGCAACAGCUGGAGGCGGUUCAUCUAAAUCCAGACAAGGCUGAGAUGCUCGCUCAAACCUGGGCCACCAGUGGACCUGAGCUGGUGGAGAGACUAAAGCACAAUGUCUUUGCCCCAAAGAAGCUGGAGUAUGUCGGCUGGCAGUUAAACCUGCAGAUGGCCCAGUCCAGCCAAGCCAGACUGAAGUCUCCCAGUGCUGUCCUCCAACUGGGGCUCUGCAGUGAAGACUCUGAGGUGAUUUCCAUCCCAUCCUGUUAUGUACAUCAAGGCAGCUGGACUCUACGCAUUGAAAACAGCUGGGAUUUAACUCUGCCCCCGGCCGUGUGAGAAAAUCUACAAAAAUAAAGGUUAACAAAUCUAAAUGUCACCCGCUUGAAUUUACCAAGGCAAUAUUUUUCUCAUUUUGGGUACGCUGGCUAUUUUUUCCUUUUUUUUUUUUUUUUGGGGCCUGCAAAGUAAUCUCAAAGAUAAAAAGCCUCUACUAUUUCAUAUUGCCAGUUUGACAUGAUCUAUAUGGUGUAAAAUAAGCAUCUAGAGUACACUCGCAAACUUGUUGAUCAUGCAGGAUGGAUGAAAAGCAAAAUGGAAGAUAAAUAAGGGGAUAAAAAGUGUAAAAAGUCUCGCAAAACUUACUAUUUUUUUUAGAACUGAUCUUUUUCUUUCCCUGGAUUUGCAUAGUUUUUCUCUGGGCGUGCUGUUUCCUUUCCACCCCCAAAUGUUACAUAUUGGGAAUACUCCUGCUGUUGUCCUUGACCGAGCAGAUGAAGUUGGUUACUGGGUGCUGCACUGCAAAGUGCCUGCUGCCUCUAAUUAAUUCGGAUAGGUCAAAUGAGAGGAGGAAUUUCCCAAACGGGAAGUGUAACAUAUCUAACAUUACUUAAAGCCUUAAUGAUUUCACAUAACUUAUAAACGUUAAGUUAAAUGAAAGUCUCUUUUUAUUAGGAGAUGUUAGCGACAAACUCUCUCAGCCAGGAAACCUUUAUGUCAGUAGGAUAUAGAUUGAUGAGCCUGGCUGAUCUUUCUGGCUCGGUUGUACAUUUUAGAUGCCUUCUGUUAUCUAAAGCUCUUUUGGGUGUAGCAGAAAUGCGUUUCUCCGUCAUGCUACGACACACCCACCUUUUCCUCCUUCCAACUCACACACCCCCCCCACAGACUUACAAAUUUAAACAAACUUAUUUUCGGUUUAACAGGAGGGCACUAAAACAGUUUCACCUCCAAGCACAUAAUAAUAUUUCAACUUUAUUUCAACUUGUUAUUUCAACUUGUUUGCUUGUGCGUAUUACUCCUUGAUCACCAAGUGAGUAAUAGACAUGGUUCAGAUUUCUCACCUGCUAGUCACACCUGCAGAGUCUGAGAGAAACAAUGGACAAAGAACUAAACAGCUUACAUGUCUUUUCAUGUUGCCUGUCUGGGUCUGUCUCUCCUGUUGCUGGAAUGUUAUUUUUGCAUUUUUUUUGUCUGAUGAUGUGACUCAUCGCAUACUCUAGGUUAGCCACUUUACAAUAAUAAACACAGUGUCAAUAUGUCAAUAAGUACUCGUGUCUAAGAGUGAUGAACUGGAUGGGUGAUCAAGAAAGGAGGCAUGGGAAAUAUAUGCCUAAUUUGUGGUUCUGGAACAGUUGGUGACAGACAGAGAUAUUGUUAUUGUUUCUUUAACAGUGGAAAAAAAAUAAAAUUUAAAGCGAGAAUAAAAGAAAACAUCCUGAAUGUUAUCAUUGUUUAUUUCUUAAAAACACCUUGGCAGUAAUGUACUUCAUAUGCAUUGCCUUUCACUGACUGGAUAGGAUUUAGAUAUAUUCAGCAUCUUAUUUGAAUAAGCUGUCAGCAUCUUGUAAGCUUCACCCAGUCUCUAUUUACUGGUCUGGUUCCUCUUGACAGUUUUCAUAAAGCAUUUUAACAAUUAUGUCCAUUAAGCACAAUUUCUCUUUCUGCUGCAGCCCUGUAGGAAAAUGACUCUAGUCUAAACCAGACUUUUGUUUGUGGUUGAUAAACCUGCGUGUGUGUGUGUGCGUGUGCGUGCGUGCAUUUAUUUCCAUGUGUAAAUGUGCUUGCCUGAGUAUGCAUGUCGGCCUCAUUGUGACUGCCACGGGGCUGAUAGCAGAGAGUGGGGUUGACAGUAGCUUCUCCUUAGCUUUGCCCGUAGACCUGGCAAGCCUCGAUAAGACACACAGUCUCUGAAGCCUCUAAAAAGACACAUCGGUGUGGAGAGCAGAAUGAAGAGAUAGGGUGGUGAGGAGCAGGAGGGAGAAGACACGAAGAUGAAGGGAGGAAGGUGGGGUAGGGAUGGGGAGGAUGUAAAAAAAAAAAAAAAAAAAAUCUGCCUUUUGGCAAUGGCUCCCAACGAAGUUUUCUCUCUCAGCCAUUACGUCAAAAAUCCCCACAAUCCUUUUAGUCACAGCAGGGAUGGGAGAAGCCCUCAAAGGGAGACAGCCCCCCCCCCCAAAAAAAAAAACACACACACA